CAUUUGGUGACGAACUCCCUGAAGUUAGACACAAAUUCUUUUUAACCUCUUCACAAUAUUUUAAUUGAAUAUAAAAUGGUUUUAAUAGUAAAAUUAAAACACGAUCAAUGAAAGUUGAUUAUUGAACGAUGUUUAAUUAGAGUUUAUUGAAGGUUGAUUUUUCCUAAAAAAAAUUUAUGUUCAGGGACUAAUUGUUAGAACGUCUUGAUUACUGUAUACAUAUUCUGAUUCCACAAGUAUUGCGAAUGACAUUGUUUAUAGUUUGCUUCGAUCUAAAGAAAAUGUAAUAAAUUACUUUUUUAGAAGCAAAUACAACGUUUCAAUGAAAUUACUUGAAUAAAAUGGCAGAUAAUAAUGUUCUGUUUGUUCGAGGAAAUGGAAAUGACAUAAAUGCAGACAACGAAGAUGUUUGGGACGAUAGCGCAUUAAUAAAAGCAUACGAUAAAGCGGUAAAUUUAGCAAAGGAAGAGGUUGUUAAACGAAUGGGUAUGGAACCGCAGAAGACUCAGUCUAAACAAAAGCUACAGAAUGUCAAACAAACUCGACUUCCAAAUAAGCAGGGCAAGAAAUGGAUUGUGGGAGCACCUUGUCGGGCAAUAUAUUCAGAGGAUGGAGAAAUUUAUGAAGCUAUAAUAACAAAAAUUUAUGAAAACACUGGGACUUGUAUUGUAAAAUUUAUUGUAUUAAAUUCAGGUUAUGGUAAUACGGAAAAGGUAGAGUUGAGUUCCCUGUUAGAAUCAGAAGGUUUGCAAAGUCAGAUAGCGCAACAAAAGGAUGCUUUAGCAGAAAAAUUUAGCGAAGAAAAUACUGAGGCUGAUGAAACAAAUUUCUCUAUCAAUGCAAAUUCUAAAAGAUAUAAUGGAGAAAAAAUGGACUGCGAAUCCGAGGAUGCAAAAACCUACAAGCAUCACUUCAUGUCUGGACCAUCUUUUAAUUCUACAGCAGAAAUAAUGCCACCUGCCCCACCCUUACCACCUCAAUUAAUGGCCAAAUUACCAGAUAAUGAUGCAGAUGCACUUUCAAGUAUGUUAAUGUCAUGGUAUAUUAGUGGUUUUCAUACAGGUUAUUAUCAUGGUUUGAAACAAGCAAGAAACAAUCAAGAGAAAAAAAAGAAUUGCUGAUUGUAUACAUUCUUUUUCACGCAAAAUAUAAUUUUUAUAAACUUA